AUGUCGUUGGAAUUGUUAGCAAAUGAAAUCUUAUUUGAUGUAUUUGAAUAUUUCUCUUCAGUUGAUUUAUUUCAUUCAUUUAAUGGUUUAAAUUAUCGUUUUGAUAAUCUUCUUCUUGGAUAUUUUCGACAAAAUAAACAUUUUGAUUUUCGUUUAAUCUAUAAAGAAGAUUUAAAUUUAAUUCGUCGACGAUAUCUUCCAUUAUUUAUUAAUGAAAUCACAUCAAUAGAUCUUUCAAAUGAUGAUACAAAUCCAAAUGAAAUUGAUUUAUUUAUUUCUCGUUUAUAUCCACUUCAUCGAUUUAAUAAUCUUCAUUCAAUAACAUUAUAUAAUAUUUAUUCAAUAGAAAAAAUAAUUCGAAUUCUCGAUGAUUUAAAACAUAUGUCUCAUUUAACUCAUCUAAAUUUUAAACAAAAUCAAAUUCAAUAUAACCCAAAAACUCUUCAUAAUAUUAUGAAUACCAUAUGGAGUUUACCUAAUCUUACUCAUUGUUGUUUAGAUUUAAUAUCUAACGGUAAUUGUCAUAUAAUGCCACCAACUAUCAUCUCAUGUUCUUUAAAACAUUUAUCAAUAACUAAUUUUCAAUGUGAUAUGGAGAGUUUAUUAGUUUUAUAUGAACAUACACCUUAUAUUGAAUAUCUUUCAGUAAAACUAUGUGAUUCAUCAAAUGAUUAUCCACAAUUACCAUUAUUAUAUUCAUUAACAACAUUAAAUAUAAUAUGUGAAGAUUCAUUUCGAUUAGUUGAAACUCUUCUACGAAAAACACCUAAUCUAAUAAAUUUAACAAUUGAACUUAAUAAUAUUAAUAUUAUUGAAACAAAAUGGCAAGAUAUUAUUCAAAAAGAUUUAUCAAGUUUAAAAACAUUUAAUCUUCAAUCGAAUUUUCAUAUAGAUGAUUAUGAUAAUAUUGAAGAUGAAAUUGAUCGAAUGAUAAAUUUAUAUCAAACAUAUUUUUGGAUUGAACAACAUAAAUGGUUUAUUCGAUGUAUUUGUUCAUCAGAAAAUAAUUCUCAUAAUAUUCAUCUUCAUACAUUACCAUAUAAAUUUAAAAAUUAUUCGAUUAAUACAAAUGAAAUAUUUCUAAUAAAAUCAACUUGUCCACAAGAUCAACAAUAUCUUAAAUAUAAUUCUGUUCAAAAUCUUCAAUAUAAUUCUAGUUCAUUGGAUGAUAUUAAUACAAAUAUAAUUCAAUUUUUCAAUAUUCGAUAUUUAACAUUAACACUUCCAUAUGAUAAUCAAUUUCAAAUAAUUAUCCCACGAUUCGAUAAUUUAAUUUAUCUUGAAAUACGAAUGGAUACGAGAACUUAUGAUGAGAAUGAUUUAUUUCAAUUACAAAAUUUAAUUAAUCAAGCACCACGUCUUUAUUAUCUUAAAUUUUAUUCAUGGUCAACAAUAUUAACAAAAUUCGAAAGUAAAAAUAAAAAAAAUAUCAAUAUAAAAAUGCCACCUUAUUCUCUUCAAAGUUCAUCUGUUCGUUAUCUUAAUUUACAAGGAUGGAAUUAUUCUGGUAAUCAUCAAUUUUAUAAUGAACAACAAUGUUUAUCUUUAAUUCAAUCACCAUUGGGACAACAAUGUCAAUAUCUUCUUAUUGAAGUUGAUAAACGAGCAAAUAUUAUUCAUUUAGUUCAAAAAAUGAAAUAUCUUCGUACAUUAAAUGUUCGUUGUAAUGAUAGAAAAGAUAAUGAGGAAUUAAUUAAAUGGUUAAAACCUCGUUUACCAUCGACAUGCACAUUUGCAAAUGAUUCAACAGCGCCAAAUGAGAUUCGUUUAUGGAUUCGUUGA